AUGUCGCCCAGCGCAACAUCAGAUGCCAUCGCCGCCGCGAAGCCGAAGAACGGCACAGUCGACAUUGCCAACCUCGGCCACGUCGAGACCCCCAAGGUCCAAGGCCCCUGGACCGUCUCCAAGGCCCUCGCCGCCUCGGCCGCCACGACAGCCCCCUCCCCGACAGGCACCGCAUCGCCGCUGCCGUUCUUCCACCUGCUCGAGCGCCUAAAGACGACCAAGCGCGAGGGUUGGCGCCGCUUCGGCAUCGCCCGCGGCGAGUCCAUCGCCGACCACAUGUACCGCAUGUCCCUGAUCACGCUGCUCGCGCCGCCGGCCCUGGCGCCGCGCCUUGACCUCGCGCGCUGCAUGAAGAUGGCCCUCAUCCACGACAUGGCCGAAAGAACAGGCGCGAGGCCGACACGAUGGACCACAUCACCGACGGCCUCCUCGGCGGCGUCUACGGCGGCCUGCCCGGCCGCGAGAUCCGCGCCAUCUGGCAGGAGUACGAGGACGCCCAGACCAUCGACAGCCUGUUCGUGCACGACGUCGACAAGAUGGAGCUGCUGCUGCAGAUGGUCGAGUACGAAGGCCGGCGGCGAGGGCCGCGUCGACCUUGGCGAGUUCGCCUACGUCGCCACAAAGUUUGCGCUGCCCGAGACGAGAGAGUGGGCCGACGCCAUCCUUAAGGAGAGGGAGGAAUUCUGGGGCUCUGUCGAUCACGUGCACGGCGAGGCCGGCGUCGAGGGGGGUGUCGGCGAGGACAGGGCGCAGCAGCAGGACCACUACUACGAGAAGAAGUGA